AUGGCCUGUGGUCCUAUUGGCAUUCGACGAUCAUCAUUAAGAAAUUCUUAUGCUCUAGCCCAUACUUUCUUGUCUUCUCCAACGGUGUUUGGAGACGGGAAAAUUGGAUUCAUUCAAGGGGCAAAAGCUAUGGUGAAGGUGGGAAAGCCAUUAAUCAAUAAUGAAGUAGUUUUUUUAUCAUCAAAGAAAAAUGAUAUUGAAGUUAUUGUGAAGGUUAGGAAUGUGGUAAUGGAAGAUAAUACAAAUAUUAAAAUCAAAUUGGGAAACUUUCAUUAUUAUGAGAUUUUAGAUGAAGAUGAUAGAAAUUUGUUGAAAAAAGAAUUUUCUAUUGAAGAAGUGGAUGUUGUGAUCAAGCGAAGUGGUAAUUACACUGCUACAGGUAGUAAUGGUAUUACCUACUCUAUUAUUAAAGCCUAUUGGGACUUUUGGAAUGCUGUUAAUCAUUUCUUUGAGACGGCAUAUAUGAAUUCAAAGUGGAAAGAGGCUCUUAUUCUUCUAAUUCCUAUGGUGAGCAACUCGUUGGCUCCAUCGAAUUUUAUGCCCAUUAGUCUGUUCAACACAGUUUAUAAGGUUGCAGCGAAGGUCCAUAUGAACAGGAUGUCUUCAAUUACUCCUAGAUUGAUACCUGAAAAGCAAGUGGCUUUUUUGAAAGGUGGAUCCUUAUCAGAUCAUGUGUUGGUAGCACAAGAGAUUAUUCAUUAA